AUGGUAACACAGCAUAUUGGAGAUCCCAUCGUCCUCAGUGGUGCUGCCACCCUCCCUGAGGACAGUAAGGAGAAGAAGGGUGAACCAACGCAGCCGAGCCUUCCCCCAUGGAAGAAGUGUGAACCAACGCUGUUGGGUCUUCCCAUGGAAGUCCGCUUAAAGAUCAUGGGAUAUCUCAUUCUAAGCGGAUUCGAAUUCUGGUCACAAUUCGUUUGGAGACACCAUCAUUACUAUCCCGUUCUCGUACGCAAAGACGAGGAGGAUCCGAGGUCUGAGACCGUAGGACGCUGGGCUGUCGAAACGUCGCUCUUCCGUGUCAACAGGCAGAUAUCGGAGGAAGCUUCCUGUAAGAAUGUCUCCAUUUCUCGUUAUUGUUCAACCCAGGCAAUACAUGCGACUAAUGCUCCUCGCGACGUAGCCAUCCUUUAUGAGCAGAAUACGUUCGUUUUCGAUGCGUGUCCCGACUGGCCACCUGCCACAUUCGACGAUAGCAGGGUAUGGAACACCUUUGGUUCGCUGGAUCGUCUGCGGAAUAUCAAUAUCGUGAUCGAUCGCGCUGCAACCGGUUUUCACCUCGUCCGUCGGCGGCUGCAAGUUCUCGUUGCGACUCUGAAUGCCUUCCAGCACCGCGAGACGGGAGCCACGACCCCCUGGAUUAAGCGCUUCUUUGUCAAUUACACUGAUUGCAAGAGCCAUCAUGCCUUUGGUCCAAGGGACAACCGUUUCUGGGCAAUGGAGCCCGUGGCAUGCCUUCAGCGGAGAGUUGAGGAUUUUGAAGCCAUGGGGGAGUGGGCCCCUGUACCUAAGUGGUUCACCACAUCCCUGGCGCGCUGUGUGGAGCGACGAGUGAACCUCGGGUUGCUGGACGUGCCAUUCUCCGCCGAAGUCGCGUGGAUCCCCCUAGUCAACUGGCCCGCAUUUGCCAUCCGUGAUGGCAUUGACCUCGUCAGAGAGUGGGCUCAGGAAUGGGGAUACCAACUCGAUCUUGACCCAGCGCUGCCUGACGAUUCAUGCCGGGCUUUCUUUAACAACUUUUAUCAUGUGCGCCCAAAGCGGUAUUGGAGGCCGGGGGAGCCGCAGCCGCAGGUGCAAUACGUUGAUCUGUGACUUUGGGUGCGGACAUUGGGUAUUCCUCACGGCAUUGUCUAUGGUUGGCAGUGGUUGACGGGUUUGGGAGAAUUGACAUGGGGUAGGGCAUUGACAUAGAAUCGAGUAUCCGAUACGGCUGCACUGAUAGAAUUGGGAGGCAUAGUCUUGGUGGGCUUCGAGCCUAUCGUCUACAGAACAAUGGAUAUCUUAUCAGCACGAGAGACACGCGUCU